AGGACCCAGGCGCGGCUGCUCUCCUGCACACGGGGUGGGUCACCCCCAGCAAGUGGGUCUGGCUCUGCUGGCAGCUGGACUUUAGCACGGUAAUCGCAACGUCUGUGAAAACGCCAGUGUAGCACAGGAGGCAAGUGGAUUAUCACGAGGUGACUACUUCCAGGAGGUGACCACUGAAGAGCUCCUCCCGACAUGGCCGCCAGCGCCUCUGCUGUGCCGCUCACCACCGAGGUGGCCACUUCUGAGAACAGCAGCUCCUUCUACGACUAUGAGUACUACCUGGACCAGGUGGCCUUCAUGCUGUGCAGGAAGGACGAGGUGCAUUCCUUCGGCAAAGUCUUCCUGCCCGUCUUCUACAGCCUGGUCUUUGUGCUGGGCCUGGGCGGGAACCUCCUCCUGCUCGUGGUCUUGCUCCGAUACAUGCCGCGCAGGCCCAUGACGGAGGUCUACCUGCUGAACCUGGCCAUGUCCAACCUCCUGUUUGUGGUGACGCUGCCCUUCUGGGGCAUCUCCGUGGUCUGGCACUGGGUCUUUGGGAAUUUCUUGUGCAAGAUGGUGAGCACCCUCUAUACCACGAACCUCUACAGUGGCAUCUUCUUCAUCAGCUGCAUGAGCCUGGACAAGUACCUGGAGGUUGUCCACGCUCAGCCACACCACAGGCUGAGGACCCGGGCCAAGCGCUGGCACCUCACUGCCAUGGUAUGGGUGGCGGCCCUGGCUGUCUCCAUCCCUGAAAUGGUCUUUGUGCAGACACAUGAGCACCCCCUGGGUGUGUGGAGCUGCUAUCCGGAUUUCGGGGGGCAUGCGACCAUCUGGAAACUCGUAUUCCGCUUCCAGCAGAACCUCCUGGGGUUUCUCCUCCCACUCCUGGUCAUGCUCUUCUUCUACUCCCGCAUUGGCUCUGUCCUGGUCCGGAUGAAGACCCCCGGUCAGGGCCGGGCUCUAAGGAUCACCGUAGCGCUCGUGCUGGCCUUCUUCGUGCUGUGGUUCCCGUACAAUCUCACCUUGUUUUUGCACUCAUUGAUGGACCUGAGCGUGUUUGGGGACUGCAGGAUCAGCCAGCGCCUGGACUAUGCCCUGCAGGUGACGGAGAGUGUCGCCUUCCUUCACUGCUGCUUCACCCCAAUCCUCUAUGCCUUCUCCAGCCGCCGCUUCCGCCACUACCUGAAGGCUUUGCUGGCCACGACGCUUGGACGGCACCAAGCCCCCGGCCCUGCCCAGGCCCCACUGUCCAGCUGUUCUGAGAAUAGCAGCCUCACUGCCCAAGAAGAAGUGACCGGCAUGAAUGACCUUGGGGAGAGGCAGACUGAGGACGCCCCCAACAAGAGGGACGUGGGGAAAAGUGAAGCCUAAGUGGCCACAUCAGGCUGGCGAGAGUGGAGGGGAUGCAGCUCAGGUGGGCAUCCGCCUGGUUUCCUUUCCAAGGGCCUCAGUGGUGACUUCUUAGUUCUCAGCCCCGACCAGCAUUAGCUCAGUCCUGCCUCCUUCCUCCACUUUCUUUAUUGCCUUGCAGGACCAAAACGCCUACAUGAAAGGCAGCGUUUCUCUAGACCCACUCGAUCCAGUGUGGAGCCACUGGCCACACAUGGCCCGCGUGCACUUGGAAUUGAGACAUGCUGCAAGGGUAAAAGUACAUGCCAGAUUUGGAAGACAACACAAAAAAAGAACUGUAAAAAUAUUUCAUUAAUAUUUUUUAUAUCAAUUACAUGUUGAAAUGCUAGUAUUUUGGUUAUAUAGGGUUAAGUAAAAUAUAAUAUAAAACUGAACUUUUUACUUGUUUCUUUCUCUUGCGUGAGUUGCUGUAAUAGUUUCCCAGCGUUUCCUGUCGUCACUCUCCCCUAUCAUCUAAUCUGCAUCCAACAGCCAGAGUGACCACAACCGCCUCAUCCGUCACUCUCCACUCCCGUCUCCCGCAGAGAAGCCUGAGGCCCUCCACCCGCCAGGCUGCUCCCUUCCCUCUAGUUCAGCCAGGGAAAUAUUGUUUAAUAUCCCAGCCAUGGUGGUGACUCCGGUCUGGCAAUCAGAAGGAGCUGGAGACGGU